AACAAGACGACAACAGCAACAACAACAGUUGAAGGACUCUUCCUGCAGCACCUGCACAAGGAGCGGAAAAUUGUCAAUGCAGUGAGGCAAGUGCAGCGAGGAUUCCGCAGAAACCCAAGCGACAGGCAGGAAGUGGGAGGAACUCCUCGAGAGCAUUUCACAGCUGGAAGGCAGCAGACAGGCUGCGGCCAUGAACUACUACGACGAGGAGAUCACAAUCGGCAGCGGCAGCGGCGGAGGCGACUCCAAGCAUCUGAGCAGCGUUCAAAUGGAGCCGCGAGUCGGUGCGGCAGUUGGUGCCAGAAGAAGUGGCACUGGAGCAGGAGCCACAGCAGUAGGAGCUGGAGCUGCAGCCGAAGGCAGAGGUGGACAAAGAGCAGCAGCAAGCAGGCAUCGAAGAAUGCUGCUGGGCAACAACUCCACCGAUGAUGAUGGUCUGCUGCAGGACAUCAUUGAUCACGAUGACGAGGCCGAGGACAGCGAUGAGGACGAUGAUGACAGCGAGAUGCAACUGCCCGAUGGCAUGAACAUGGGCAUGACAAGGCCCCAAACGCGACCCGGUAGCACGCGGAAUGCCAAGCCUCAUCAGCCGCAGGACGAUCAAAUGAGUUCGGGCAGCGAUGAGGCAACACUGGGUGGAGGAGCGGUGGGUGGAGCACCAGGACCAGGGACCAAGUUGCCGCAUCACAAGCUGGCACUGCCCAUGCAACAGCGACGCAGUGCGGGUCAGGGCGGUUCGGGGUCAGGCCAACGACAGGAGCCGUCCUUCAAUCUGACGCCGGACAAGUGGGAGCAGCUGCCGCUGCAGCAGGACGUCAAGGACAUAUUCCCCUACAUACUAAAGUACACGCCGCAGACAAUUGACACGCCCUUUCACCUGCAGCCGUUCAUCCCAGAAUUCGUGCCCGCCGUGGGCGAUGUGGAUGCCCUGCUGAAGGUGCAGGCUCCGCCUCUGCUCCAGCCACAGCGUCAGCGGGAGCUGGAUGAGCACUUGGAGCGGCUGGGCCUGUGGCUGCUGGACGAACCUUCGGGCACACAGAGCGAGCCCAGUCUGCUCAAUAUGAAACUCCGUUCGGUGCUGAGUGGCAGUAGGGGGAGAAAUCCGCGGCACGCUUCAUCGGCUGCGUUGGUGCCCACGGCGAGAUCGGCCAAGGACAUUGACAAGUGGAUCGGUGAGGUGGAACAGGUGCACAUGACCCAAUCAAUGUACGAUGCCCAGCCGCGCAAGGACAUUGACGCACUGCUCGAGGACUGGCCACGCUCGUAUGCGGAUGCGGAGACAAAGGAUGCCCUGGAUGAUGCGUACCGCUCCUGCCUGCAGCAGCAUCUGCCGCUGGCCGACUAUGUGCGAGUGCUGUGCGAAAGGUUCGGCAUCGAGGGACCCCUGGACUCCCAGGCCGAUUACAUACACAAUGUCCAGACGCUCUUUGCCCUGUACCUGGCCGCCAGUCAGGCCUGGGAGUAGGUGGAAAAUUGCAAAUGGCAUUGCGGACGAGUAGUACGGGGCUGGAGGUGGAGCUGGGCACCACUAAUAACGCUAAUGGCUUCGAUUAAGUGACAGCCAGACGCCGUUUGUUUGCCUUUGUUGGUCCCCCCGCCACGCAGGAUGCCACGGAUGCCACGGCUGGUGGUGCCACGGCAUUCGCAUCGGCUUUCUGCUCUGUUCUAUUCUGGCAUUAAAUCGUUUGGAAAAUGGUCAGCCCAUAACUUGGUUGUUUGAUGUG